UCAGCAAGUGCGAUUGUAGAUACAAGAGAAGAAAUAGUUCUUCCCGUCAAAACAUUGCCAAAACCGAAGAAAGUGUGUCUGGCAGGGUCAGCAGAUGUUAAGACUUGUUUGUCACCAUUGGUUUCUCUCAAGAAGAAGGCACUAAACCAUCAAAGGGGCUGGUGAAUCUAACAAAACUAAGGGAAGCGUAAGAAUACGUCUCUUUUGAGAGGGUCACUGGUGUUUCAAGAUGGAGGCUAAAGCCAAGCACGAUUUUGAAGCAACGGCAGAUGACGAACUUUGCUUUAAGAAAGGAACCACUUUGAAGGUGUUAAGUUUUGAUGAAGACCAGAACUGGUAUAAAGCAGAGCAGCAUGGAAGAGAAGGAUUUAUCCCCAAAAACUAUAUUGAGAUGGAGCCACAUGACUGGUUUUUAGGAAACUUGACAAGAGCAGAAUCAGAAAAUUUACUUCUGGCAAGGAAGAAUGAUAGAUAUGUACACAAAGAUGGAGCCUUUCUUAUACGGAACAGCGAGAGUGCCCCUGGAGAUUUUUCUCUGUCUGUCAAGUAUGGUGAUUCAGUGCAGCAUUUCAAAGUCCUUAGGGAUGGUGGUGGAAAGUAUUUUUUGUGGGUUGUGAAGUUUGAAUCCCUGAAUGAAAUGGUGGAGUAUCACAGAUCAUCGUCAGUUAGCCGGUCACAGUUUAUUGUCCUCAGAAACUUAGAAAAGGUAAAGAAGGUAAAGGCGGUGUACGAUUUUGAUCCCCAAGAGCAAGACGAGUUGGCGUUUAAAUGUGGUGAUGAGAUUUGUGUAUUGGUGGACGACGAUCCAAACUGGUGGCACGGAGAGUGUAAUGGGAAAACAGGAAUGUUCCCUGCGACAUACGUCAAAUCCACAACUAACUAACACCCGCCGACCUGUUGGCCACACAUACAUUGUUGACUUGUUGAACUGUAUACCGACAAAAUGGCAGGAAAUUUGCACAAUAUUACAGAGUCUGGUGAGGUGUGGUGGAGUGCGUGUUGCAGAGUCCAGGACAUCACUGAUAGCCAACUUUGAAUGGUCUGACAUACCAAUUACACUUCACCAUGGAACCAAGUUAGUGCUUGGUUCAAAUUCAUCGCCAAAUGCUCACUGAUAUGCUUGGAAUUUGGCUGCCUCCAAAGUACAUGUAUAUCUAAUUGUUUGGUUCCAGUGGUCCAGACUUUGUGUAAAAAGACGAUGGUUAGAUUUUAUAGUGAUCUUCACUGACUGUAUAUUUAUCACGUGGUCUUUGCCAGAUUUUGUGACUGUUGUGCUUAUGACAUUUCUCUGUGUUCUAGCUCUGUGUUUGUUCCUCGCUGUUUUCUCUUAAGGUCUUAAUGAUUUCUUAAGGCUCAACUUAUUAUUGUGGUCAUUAUUACCACUGUGUCUAAAUUUAGUCUUUUCUUGUUGAGUAGCCAUAGAGGCGAUGAAUUUUUCAUCAGACUGCAAAAGUAUGUGGUGUAUAACCUGUAUGCGUUAUUUUUCUUACCUGCAAUAGCUUUCAAGAGUUACAUCCCUUGAAUGCUCUAUUUCUUGCAUUGACAUUCUUCCAAAAACAUUACCAUAUUCCUCUGAGUCAAGGUCAGCUGCAGUUACAUGGAUUUCAUGUUGAGCUCUUCACUUUCUCUGUUUUUGUAUAUUAUCAUCAAUGUGUACAUUGAUCACAGUGACUGUACUAAUGAUUAUGUAUAUGUGUUAUUUUGUAUUGCGCUUUUUACCAGCAAUGGAUAGUUUUUCCUGGCAUCUAUUAUUUUUAAACUAACCCUCUUAAGUGCUAGGUCAAAUCCAAAGUUCUGGAAAGAUAAGUUUCCCAUCUUAUGUUGAUUGCCUGGCAAUUAUAAGCAACGGUGAACUUUAGUAUAAUAUGGCUACUGAACUCUGCUUCCAUACUUUUACCUACGUAUCCCUAUUUUCUAUUUGUAUCUUCAUUAUUAUGUAGGCGUGUAUAAAUAUUACUAAGCAUUUAUUGUACAGGAGCUAAGUGCAGCAAAAUAGGACAGUGAUAUGUUAACAUACUCUUCUGAAUCAGAAUAAUACCUACAUGAACAAGGUACAGAUGUGAUUACAGACCAGACAACACUGGUAUAAUGUUUGAUAAUGAAUUUUUGACCUGCAGCUUGUGUUUGAUAGGGCACCUGCUGGCUCAGCUCCAGUAUUUGAUUCUACUCCCUUGCUUGGACACAGGAGUGUGUUUGUUACUGUAUUGACCAUGGAAUGUGCUAAAGUUUCUGAAGGGUCAGUUUUGUAAUGUGAACUAAAUGUAUGUUUAUUGAGGUAAUGAUAUUAAUGACAUUGUAAGAUAUGGCAGUUCUGUUGAACCAAUCCCUUUAGUUGUUGGUAUUUGAGUGGUACAGGGCUUGCACAUGUAAAUAGAAGACGUGUAUAUUACUAAAAAAAAAAUAGUGAAUGAUCUUGUUAUUAGGAUUGUAUCUGAAGUGAAAACUUCAAGUGGCGUAAAUACUGCCAUGCAAAUGCCGCCCUGAGUGUACAGGGAGUCUGGUGCAGAUGCACUUUGUGGUUGUAGCUUCAUGUAUAGUCUCAAUCAGGACUGAACAACGACUGUCUUUGUUUUCUCUCCUUUUCUUUUUAAGUUUUAGCAAAAGUCAGCUAGUGUAGUGUAGCACCCAGCUUUAUCUGUGUUUAUUGAACUGUUAAAUAAUGCUUAUGUUUCUGUAUACUUGUUUUCUGAAUUAUUGUUAAUCAGGAAGUUUGUCAAGGUUGAUUGACUGAGUAAGCAGGUCCAUAUUGUAGGGAUAUGAACGCAUAAUGGUUAGCCAACCUACUUUAUAUAAUAAAUUAAUAAUAAAAACAUUUUA